AUGCCGCCAGAUCCAGCAGUCAAUCGUGUCCGCUACAACGUCCAAAUACCGAAGUCUGACUCAAAGGGCAAAAGGAUUGGCAAGACCAACCGAACUUUUUCCGUGAAAAAGUUCAUUGGCCCAGGCAUCUCCGAGGCCCAGGCGGACGCAGCAGCUCUCGCGGCUGCCGAGGCCUUCCGUGCAGAGCUGGUGGAGAAGGGCAUCCUCAGCGAGCCCAGGCAGAAGGACCCCAACUUCACCAGCGAAGUGCCGGGGGUGUCGUGGUACAAGAACUACAAAAAGUGGGUGGUGCUGAUCCGCCCCAAGGGCGGCAAGAAAGUGAUCCACGGCGGCUACUUCACCGAGAAGGCGGCGGCCGAGGCCAAGGCCUUGGAGCUCCGGGAGAAGGACGGCCUGCAGCGCCGGGUGAAGCCCGUGGCUACGCUGUCGGAGCUGCCGGUGUUCCACCCCAAGGUGCCCUACCGCGGGGUGAAGUGGGACGUGGGGGAGCAGCUGUGGCAUGCCCGAUUCCGUGCUGAAAAUGGUCAUUUCAGGGUGAGGCCCAAGGACCACUCGGAGGCGGAGCUGGAGCGUUCCUUCCAAGUUGCCGUGGCGUGGAAGAAGAAGCAGGAGAAGGUGUGCACUGCCUUCCACCGCCUGCGGAACUUGGUGUGGGGAGCCAGGUUUCCAGGCGAACUGGGAGUGACCGCCAGUAGGGCACUCCACAGCUGCUACUUGCAGCUACUACAAGAGGCAGAUCAGUUUUACUUUCAGCUGCCGUCAGCUGGGGUACAACUUCUGCCAAACGCCCCAAAAGGGAGUGAGCCGCACACUCCUGACCAAGAGGGCCGCGACCGCAAGAAGAAGGAAAAGGAGAAGAAAGACCGCAAGGACAAGCACAACAAGGAAAAAUCUCCUGGAAGGGAGAGAAAGAGGAAGCACAAGGAGGUAAAGGAGGAGAUCGCCGAAGAAGCGCCACCAGCUGGGAAGGAAAAGAAAGCACAUCGUCGUGAAGACAGCCGCCAUAGGGAGGAGACCAGCCGCCGAGUCAAAGAGGAAAGCCCAAACGCCGAAAGAGAAGGCCUUGCCAGUGUGAAAGAAGAAGAAGUUGAGGAGUGGGAAGACGCAGAGAGUGAGACCGAGACCGCCGACGAAGCCAGCAGGAGCAAGAGUCCCUUGCCCAGGAGGAGGGGUUUGAGCUCCCCGGUCCGGCCCGCUUCCCCUCCGGGACCUCCUCCUGCCCGGGAGGCCCGUGAGAACUCCAGGCCGCCAGGUGGUGGUCAGGGCCUAUUCCGGCGGGUCAUCGGAGGCUGGCCCCUGAGGAGGCAGGCGGCAAAAGCAAAAGCCGCAGCCAGGCUUGGGUUGAGGAGACCGGCACGUGCGGAAGGUACACCUCAGGAGCUUUUUGAAAGAUUUGAAGAGGUCAAGGCGUGUGCCGUGGACCCCUCCGAGCUGCUCACCUGCGGGAAGGUAUGGUGCACCGAGGUAGUGUAUUGGAAAGAGAAGACCCAGUGCGCGGGCGUCUUCAAAAGCCUGCGCUUCGAGGAGGGAGAAGGAUGGAUGGAGUUGCAGGUGGCUGGGACUACCAGCGAGCAUCUCCUGAAGCACCUCAGUGGGGUGGCCGGGGGGAGGAUCCGCGGCCACCUUUGCCCAGAAGGGUGCGCUCAGGAGAUCAGUGCCGACGACAUCCUUCACCUCGUCAAGGUCAAGAAGGUCAAGGCCGGAGAAGAGGAAGACUGGAUGAAAAAUCUCCUGGCAGCAGGGGGAGAUCAAAGAGACGAACUAGAAGCCCUUCGACGAGAAGCUCGCCUUGGAGGAGGCGCCAGUCCCCUGAGGGAGGCGGGGGACGGGGCAGCACAGGACAAGAAGGCGAAGAAAGAAAAGAAAAAGGCAAAGGAGAAAAAAGCAGAGGAGAAAAGGCCACGGUCUCCCAGUCAGGGAGGUCAGAAAAGAAAGGGAGGAAGAGAUCUGGGGGUGAUCCUGGGAGGAAGCGGUCUGGAUCCAGACCCCCGCAAAAGAAAACGUUACUUGAAGAAAGCAAAGAAAUUGAUGAGGCGUCACAAGCGGAAGAAGAAGUCCAGCAACAGUUCCAGUUCGAGUUCAGAGAGGGGGAGCAGCAGAAGCUCCAGCAGUUUUUCAAGCAUGGGGGGGGCCUCCGAGGUGUUCGGUCAGACCCGCAUGGCAAAGCGGUUGGCCGGGAGGUUUCCGGGAGUGCUGACAGCGUGCUCCUUGGCCGCCAUGCAGGAACAGCUGUUGACCACGCAAGGUCAAUUGUGGGAGAUCGACAAGAGGGAGAUCCCACCUCUCUUUCUACAGUAUUUCCGAAGCAAUCUUGCCUCCCGUAUGACACCGGCCAUGCGUCGAGAAGCUCUUCAUCUUUCGGUCUGCUUGGAUUUGGGCCUACAAGGCCGCAUUCCAGAGAUGCUGGAUGUCUUGGGGCAACGUCUCAAGGCCUUAGAGAGCCAGACAGCAGGCAAGCAUUGGACUGUGACCACACAGUUCGAGUUGGUCCCAGAGGAACAGGGAUCGGUAGCCACAAGUCAAGAGACCGAAGCAGCAAUGAAGGAAGCCAGAGAGGCUGGGAAAUUGAGGACCCAAGCCUCUCGAGCCUUCGGAACCUCGACGGGCCAAGACAGAUGGGAAGAUUGGAGGCGAGAUCAGCCCAAGGGCAAGGGCCAGAAAGGACAAGGCAAAGGCAAGGACUGGAGGAGAGAAGGCAAGGGCGAUUCCAAGGAUCCACGGCGGGAAAAAGAAGGAGAGAAGGCCGGGCCGUCCCGGGAGUACCUCCCAGCCACGGGCCAAACGGGCCCUGCCGGUUUUUUAGCACAGGAGAUCGGCGAGUUGGCUGGAAAGAAGCUGGUUGCCAUGGGGAAUGUCAUCAAUGCUGCUUUGAGUCAGGCCUCCCCUAGUCUCGGGGGUGAGCUUGAAAUGCGGAAGGAUCGUCCCGCCACCUGUGCCAAGACCUCCUAUCGGAUCUACUUAGACAACUUUGAUGUGAUCCGCAAGACUGACCCAGCAACUGCGGAGGCAGUACAAGGCACACCGGGGUUGCUUUCAUUGCUGGCGCGCCAAGCGUAUGCAGAAGCCCAUCUACCCCGGCAUCCUCGGAAAGCAACCUGUCAAGAAAAGUGUGCUGAAGUUCAAGGGGCUGUGUUGGAUGGGGUUUUAGGCAUCGCGUAUCCUAAACCCCAGAAGGUCGGUCUUUAUGUCAGCUUAGCACUGGAGCUUCUUAGAAGGGGUGCGGCUACCCAGCGGGAGAUGCAAGUGGUGUGCGGGGGGUUUGUUUACUUUGCCCUCUUUAGGCGCCCCCUGUUAUCUGCUUUGAAUGCCGUGUGGCACUUCAUUGAAAGCCUAAAGGGCGAGCCACCGGUGGUGCGUGUCCCGCUCCCCGCAGCGGUACGGUUGGAACUUGCUCGAUUCUGCGCUCUUGUACCGCUGGCACGGCUGGAUUUCAGGCUGAUGUGUCAAGGCAUCUCCUUGGCAAAUCGCCCACGCCUGUAUUGGUGUGACUGGGAGUUGCUUUCUAUGGAGGGAGUUCAAAUUUCAAAGGUGGACCACCCGAAAUGGGGAGAUUUCCAUGAGAUCUCCUUGCAAGCCACGGUGGAUCCAGCGGAUUUCUUGGAACCAGGGCAGGGGGACGUGGAGAACACCAGGAAUUGUCUUUUUUCCUCUGUUUUGUUUAAGAAAUUGUACUUGGGCCUGGGAGAGCCUCGGGUUGGCGAGGCCCUGCUCUUUGUCGAGAGCAGGUGUUUGCCAUAUCCUGGGGAGAACACCAGGCCCACGGCUCCUAUGGCGCCCAUCAUUCUUCCUGGUCUUCCUCCAGGGGUGAGCCACAGCCUGGUGGAAGCAUCUUGCUUCGUGACAUAG